AUGCCGCCGCGGGGCUCCCGGGGGCCGCUGCCGCCCUUGCUGCUGGCGUGGGCCCUGGCGGCCUGCGCGGCGCGGGCCUCCGAGAUCACGUUUGAGCUGCCCGACAACGCCAAGCAGUGCUUCUACGAGGAGAUCGCCCAGGGCACCAAGUGCACGCUCGAAUUCCAGGUAAUCACUGGAGGUCAUUAUGAUGUUGACUGUCGGUUGGAAGAUCCCGAUGGCAUUGUACUGUACAAAGAGAUGAAGAAACAGUAUGAUAGCUUCACAUUUACUGCAUCCAGAAAUGGAACAUACAAGUUCUGCUUCAGCAACGAGUUCUCUACUUUCACACACAAAACCGUGUACUUCGAUUUCCAGGUUGGAGAAGAUCCACCUCUGUUUCCUAGUGAGAACAGAGUAACUGCACUUACCCAGAUGGAGUCUGCGUGCGUUUCAAUUCACGAAGCUUUGAAAUCUGUAAUCGAUUAUCAGACUCACUUCCGCUUGAGAGAAGCGCAGGGCCGCAGCAGAGCAGAGGAUUUAAACACAAGGGUGGCUUACUGGUCAAUAGGGGAAGCAAUCAUUCUUCUUGUUGUUAGUGUCGGGCAGGUAUUCCUCCUGAAAAGCUUCUUCUCGGAUAAAAGAACCACAACAACGCGCGUUGGGUCGUAACCAGUAGCAGCAAUGCUUCAGGUGUGUUACUUAUUAAGAUCAGCGGUUCUCCAAUUAACUGUAGGUACAGAGGUCUGAAUAUAUGCAACAUUCAAAUGUGUAUACUCCUCAUCUCUUAAAAAUCACAAAGUAGACCCAAAAGGUUAUGAAAGGGACACAUAAUUUGAAAUAUUUUUAAGGAUCCUUUGGAACAUAAGUGUUUCAAUUCAUAUAUUAAAAUAUCUGGCAGUGUGUAGUCUCUAUUUCUACUGAUACUAAUCCAAACUAAGUUUGCUUUUUGCCAGUACAAUUAGUCAACUGCAGUAUAAUACUUUAAAAUAACCCAACAAUCUAAUGUUAGAUAUGAGAGAUGAUAUAUAUGAAAAUGCAAUUUCAUUUUAAUUUUCAGGCUGAAUAUCUUAGAUUAUAGAAAAGAAAAUGUGAUGAACUGUAGUGCACUGUUUUGAUUUGCAGUUUUAAAACAAAAAAUUUGUAAAAUUGCUGAAAGCUUAGCAUUACACUGUGGUGCACAAUCUUUAUCAGCCUGGAAAGUCUUCAUCUUCAGAAUUUGCUGAAUCUUAUACUUCAUUCUCAUGGCUUAAACACACACUGUUCUGUAUUAAAAUAUAUACAUUAUCUCUUUUGCAAUGUUUGCUUUACUGAAGAAAUUGUAAGCUGAGGCUACUCAGGAAAUCCACUUCUGCAUACAAAAAAAAAAAUCUAAAUUUCCAGUUUUAUGUAAAAAACAUGCAGUAGAAUAGGGAGUCUUCAAACUUUGUAAUUGAACCUGUGCAGUACUUACAUAUGCUGCUGCUGCCUUUAGGAUUUAAGUCCAGAAUUAGCUUCAUUUGUUAAGCAGCACAGCACCAGCACUGGAUGAGGUUAUAUUAUGUGUUAGCACGUACAAAGCUUUUUACUAAACUGUUUUCCUAGUAAGAGGGCAAUUUGAUAUUGAUACUGCAUUGCACAAGUGCUGUAAAUAUUCCUCUGUGUGGUGUUACAAGGUGACAGCCUUGUGCAUCUGAUUGCCACUCUGUCUUGUUAGUGGUCAGGAAAUACUUUAAAUAUUUCAGGUUAUCUUUUUGGUAGAGUUAUUAGACUUACACUGUUUUCACUGCUCAUGUCUUCAGUAGCAUAUGUACUGUAAAAUUCUGUUUUGUUUGGUUGUGGAAGGUAGUAAAUGUAUGUACAUGCCCACAGCUUGAAUUGAGCUGGUCAUAGUAAGGCUAAACUCCUUCAAAUGACUGGAAAAAAAAAAACUAGGCUGACCAAUUCUUAAAUGCACACAGAUUAAACACAUAUGAAAAAUGUGUCAUGUAUUAUUAGCUUAAUUAAAAGAUGCUUUUUAUACAAGUUCUUUUUCAAGCAGAGAAAGAGUACUACAUCAUUAUUAAUUGCCUAUAGUAUUUCUAGCAAAACUUUGAAAUUACACAUGUUCAGAUGAUACUUGAGCAGUCUGAAGAAUUGGUCUAAGAUGACUUGAUUUUAAAAUCAUGUCAUGCUUGAAAAAAUUAAAAGUGUCCCUCCUCUGUUGUCAACUGCUCUUUUGGAAACUGAAGGAAAACAUCAGACAGCUCAAAGAUCACUUAGAAAGUCAUGAAGGUAUUAAAAAUCUUCAAAUAAAAUUCAGGAUGUAGAGUUUUGCUGCCCUGUACAAAAUUUUGAAUAAUGCAGUCCUGUUUUGGGAUGCACGUUCCCCAGAAACAGUUAGACCCUCUAAUACGAGAAAACAAAAGUCCUCUUGUGUCUUGUGAUACAAAUCUGUGCCUGCACACAACAGUCUUGAUUGUACCUCUGUGCUUUCUUGUGUUCAGCAACUGAUGUCUAGUACUUGUGCUGCAUUGAACACAAUAAUGAAGCAAGUGGUAGAGUUUGGGUGCAAGCAUCAAAUGAAAACAUGAUUUGCUUUUGCUAAUAUUCAUUAUUUCUGGAGUUUGAAUAUUAGUUAUGUACUUUAAUCACAACAAAGGCAUUUGCUUGAAGGCUUGAAUUGUGUUGGGGUUUUUUUCCACUGGGUUUUUCUGUGUGCUGGCAAAACUGGUAAGUAGUGCUAUAAAACUGACAAUGAUCAGCUAUCACAUAUAUGUCUCCUUAUUCUUUCAUAAUGUUUGAAUGUGUGAAGUGGACUGUUCCAUUCAACAUUACUCCCACAGCAGAGGUUUAGUGGACUUGACUUUUCCAUUAAAGUUAGGUAUCUGGACCAGUGCUCUGGCAUCUUGCUGCAUAAUAUGCAGCAACAGUGUAAAAAUGCCUUUAUUUUUGUGUUGUUAAAAACAUGGCACAAACACACGUUUAAACAUAACUGUAUAUAGUUUUUAAUUGACUGAAUAGGAUAUAAUAAAACACACAUGCUAACACGCAGUGGGUGAAGAAGUGCGUUGUGAUCUUUGGUUAAGGCUGCACCUUUUUAAUACAUGAACAGUUUGGUUAAUGGUGUGAAGCGCAAGAAAACACCCUGCGUUAAAGGGGAUAUAACUGUGUUUUUACUUGCUAAAUGCUCUGGGUUUCAGCUAUGUGUUGGAUGUUCUAUGUUUACAAGACUUUUUUUGGUGUCCUGAAAUGUCGG